GAGAUUGUGGCUGGACCCAAAUUGCUGAUUGUAGAGUGAUGACACUAUAUGGCUGCAGGAUGUCUAUGGGGUUGAUUUACUAAAGGCAAAAAGACUGUGCACUUUGCAAGUGCAGUUGCACUCAUUUUCCCCAGAGCUUAACCUCCCUAGCGGUAUUCCCGAGUGUAGCUCGGGGUAAAAUGUCAGUGCCAAAAGCGGUAACCCCGAGCUACACUCGGGCUUACCAUGCGGUGCUGCAUAGGGAGUCCCUGCAGAGCUUACCUUGUCCUUCGCUCCCUGCGAUGUGUCCCCUGCAGCGUCCCCGG